AUGGCACCCACAGAGCUAUCUUAUGUUAUUGCGAGCAUCACAUCAUCAACCAUAGAAACUUUGACUUUAACGGCAACUGCAACGACCGUCUACGCCUCAUUAGCAGCGUCACAUACUAUCGAGUCUCAGCCCAGGCCUAAGCGUAGAGGUGCCAAACGCCGCCAAAAUCCCACCAUAGACAGUACCUCAGACAUGAUACAACCUCGGUCUCAAUCCUUGGAGACCCCUCCUACGGUAUUCGGGACGACAUCCUACUCGAAUGUCCACCAACGACGUAUGCACAACCUCGAGCACCACGGUCAUCCUCACAACUUCGCCCGCCAACCCAAUAACCCUCUACAUAUCUCUUCUCGACUCCUUCCAAGGGCAGGAGACGAGACUUCGACCUCGUACACACAGCCGGAUACUCAAUCCGAGCUAGAUGUCGACGACUCGGCCGGAAGCUCCGGUCUUCUCGCACCAGACGAACCUGUUCCUCAGAUCCCUCCCAUUCUUCAAGCCGCAGAUGCAUCAGCGCCUCAACACCUUACCGCGAUUCUCUCCAGCAUCCUCGUUAUAAUCUUCAUCUUUGUGAUCGUGACCUACACGGCUCUAGCAAGACGCCGUGCGGCGGCCAGGACAGUUCCCUCAAGGUUCAGUAUAGCGAUUACACAGGCGGAGAAGGGAAGAAUAGAGAAAGCAAGGAGAUUUGUUCCGAAAGGAUGGAGAGGGGAGAUACGAAGAGGGAAGGGUAAUUCGAGGGAGAAGGCCCGCAGGGGAGUCCAGAGAAUGGCGGAGGCAGGAGCUCAAUUGCCUAUCAUCGUGAAGGAGGACGUAGAUUCGGGGAAAGGAAGAGUGAUUCACGCUCCAGGACUCGUCCAUUCAACUCGUGCUCAGACCAUCCAGAGCCAGACCAAGAGCACAGUACACCGAGAGGACUCCCAGCGAUCUUCUACUCCUGAAGACGUGAACUUCGUAGCCGCCCAGCUCUAUUCAGCUUCCACGCGCACAGCAUCAGCACCAGAUUCUGUAUUUCUCACAGAUCAUCGCUCUGAACUGGAUACGAUUGCCGAAGUUACGGAAGACGAGGGCGAAGACGAGCGAGAAUAUGACUUGGGAGAUGGCGCCAUCGCAGACAUUUUCGACGAGAGACCAACAGAAGACCCUUUCUACGAUCCGUCAGACUCGCUGGAUGAACUCGACGGGCACAUCGUCUCGGACCCUUCAGAAUGCGCGUUUCCAAAAGACAAUCCCGCCGACGCUCUCGCUUUUUCAAGGCCAUAUUCCGUGUAUUCGAUGACUGCGGGUCACUUGGUCGCUUAUGACGAAGCAGUAUACCUACAGAGGAAGGAUUCGGACGCGAGUCCCAUGCCAGAGGAGAUUUACGAAAGCGACGAGUUUUCCGAGGAGGCGUCGAUACGGUCGUCAGUCACGUCGUUCGGGGAGGGCGUCAGCGAGUCCGAGCCGGAGAACGUAACGGUGGUGGAGAUGCAGGGUGUGAGACGGGUGAGCAUGGAAUAUGAGAAGGCUAAGGUAGUCCUCGCGUUGACAUCGAAGGAAGAACAACCACCGCCAUUACCGAGCGUCCUCAUCUCCUCCAGCCCUUCCUCCGACGCCGACUUGGCCUAUAUGUAUCGCACCUACAACAGCAAAUCAAGUCGCUCUUUCUUCGAUCCAGAAGCCGAAGAAUACGAGUCCGUCGAUAUAUGGCAAGAUGAGCUGGCUUCGUCGGAAUCGGAUACAAGCAGUAUGCGGACUUGGGCCAGUCAGCGUUCGUUGGGAGUAGAGCCGUACGAUUUCCCGAAGCCCCCGGUGCUGUUGAAUUCGAUGAGGAGUACGUCGAGCGUGUUCAAGAUGGAUAUCGAGAGGUCACUGCGGAGUGUGAUGGGUAGGAUGAGGGGGAGUGGCAGUAGUUCUGAGGUGAAUUCGCCGAGAUCGUAG